UGAAGUUGGAGGUUGCUUGAAAGCUUCAAGGUCAGUUGGAAUGCCAAGUUAUGAAGUAAUAUCACCUCAAGUUGCUUGCCCAACAUGUUCCGGAGCAGGCUACGUGCGUAAAGAUUCCAGAGCAGAGUAUGUGGCUUUAAUCCCUCUGACAGACCGACGUCUUCGGCCGCGUAGAAUAUGCCUUAAACUUUUUGGGUCUGUAGUGAUCUGCUCCUUAGUAUUUACACUUUUAUUGGUAUUUCUCUUUCCGCGAACAAUCUCUUUGAGAAGUUCAGCGUACAAGUUAAUUACGAUAAGUGCCAUUGCCAACAUGCAAGAUAAUUUGAUAGAUCUCACAGUGAUUAACCAAAUUAAUGUAUCAAAUCCUAACUUUGUUCCAACCACAAUAACUAAAAUAAUUGUAUCUCCAAAAUACCGUUCAGUGGAUCUACAGGAGACUGUUAACAAUUCUAUUCAGAUGCUACCGCUUCGCUCCGAAACUUUACUGAAUGUGACAACGAAGUUACUCUUUGAGCAUAAACAUUUCGAUGUAAUUGGUUGAUCUACCAGGAAAUCCACUUGCUGACCUAGAAUGUGCAAAUCAUAUAGUUCUGUUUGGUGAGGAUGCUGACAAAAUUCAGAGUCUUCUGAUCUACCAUAAGCAACAAUCCGAACAUAUUUGGGAUGUGUCUCCCUCUUUAAGUGCAAAAUGUUGGUCCAAAACUUGUUUGAGCUAACGCCUGUACUAGUGAUAGGAAGUAAAGUCAGUUAGCCAGUCAAUCACAACGUAGAAGCCGGGACUUAUUUACUUUGAUCAUCUUCACACUACGACAAAAUUCCAUUCACUGAGCGAAAUUCGACUACUUAAAUCUAUCAAUUGAAGUUUUGAGACAAUAUGUUUCUUUUCAACUGUUUCCGAGCAUCAACAUCCUUACCAUUUCCCUUACUUAACCUUAAUGCUUAUGUUCAUGUCCAUACUGUAUUGCCAAAAUACAUGUGUAUAGUCCCAAUGUAAUAGAUUAUACUUCAUUCUAUCAUUCAACUUUGGAUCUGUCUCCUGAAAAUCUUAAGCUCUCUCUUUUCAAACUCGUAAAAUAUUGUAGGAGUAACCCCCAACUAAGCAUGUAACUUUUAGCUCCCGUCAUUCAUUCAAAGUUUACUGUAUGUAGUG